AACGACAUCAUUAAGAUAAAAAAAGUUUACUUAAAGUUGCAGAAAUUCUGCAGUUUUAAUCAGCAGUUGCAUUUUUAAAUAAAGAUACACUUUCAUUAUUACUUUAAAAAAAUGCUUCUGUUUACAACCAUUAGCUUGCUAUCAUUUCUAUCAGUUCACUUUUUGCUUGUAGAAAGUUCGUCUUGUUAUAAUAGCGAAGAAAUACCGAUAUGCGAUGAAAGUAAAUGCCCCAAAACACCUAAAUGUAAAGGUAAUGUCGGUAAAGAUGAAUGUAACUGCUGUAAGGUAUGCAUGAAGCAAGAAGGCGAAAUUUGUAUUGUGAACAGUCAAAACACAAAAUGUGAUCAUGGAUUGUAUUGCAUCGAAACCCCAGAAAGUAAAUUUUCAAGGUGCAACACUUUAAAAAACGCAUUGAUACAUGAAACUGCGAAAUACAUCACUAAAAUGAAAGCAUGCAAAAAGUCCUUGGAGUAUUUUAAGCAGCGAAACUAUGACUUUAUUUCAUGCUUUCUAAAUGUUACCGUUCCAACAUUUUACUGCAAAAAAAGAAUACUGUACAAUGACAAUGACUGCUGCAUCCAUGAAAAUGGUUGCCAUCCAAAUAAAGAACUGUACGAUAAAAUAGAUUCUCCAAUUAACUUUAGUGCUCUGAUACAAAAACCAAUUGAUAAAGAUAAAAAAACGUAAAAAAACAACUCCUUUGUAAAAGUUUUUAACAAUUUUAAAAUUGUGUGGGUAUAUAUAUAUAUAUAUAUAUAUAUAUAUA